GAGAUAGCGCUUUCUUGCAAAACCAAUUGCAUCACAGCACAACCUGUAGGACUCUGUCGUCGGUCCUCUUUCCUUUUCCCUUCUCCGAACCGCCACAUCAAUCCCACCCGUAGGGAUCUUCUAUUCAAGUCAUUUGAUUGACGGCGCGACUUCUUUUUCUUCGAAUCCCUCGGUCUCGAAGAACCCGUCCUCUCUCCCCCCCAUUCCUCCCGCGACACGAACACAUCAACCUCUUCCACAAUCAUGUUCAAGCUCGGACGCAGCCGGUUGGCUUCUGCCAUCCAAACUUCCUCGAGGGUCGCCGCCUCGCCUGCCAGAUUCCCGGGUCUCGCGCAGCAACAAAGGAGAAACCUCAGCAUUCACGAGUACCUCUCCGCCGACCUCCUGCGCCAGUAUGGAGUCGGUGUCCCCAAGGGUUCCGUCGCGAAGUCGGCCGCCGAGGCCAAGGCCGUCGCAAAGGAGAUCGGUGGUGAGGACAUGGUCAUCAAGGCCCAGGUCCUUGCCGGUGGACGUGGAAAGGGUAGCUUCGACAACGGCCUCAAGGGCGGUGUUCGCGUCAUCUACUCCCCUACCGAGGCCGAGAUGUUCGCCGAGCAGAUGAUUGGCCACAAGCUCAUCACCAAGCAGACGGGCGCCGGCGGCAAGCUCUGCAACUCGGUCUACAUCUGCGAGCGCAAGUUCGCCCGCCGCGAGUUCUACCUCGCCAUCCUCAUGGACCGCGCCUCCCAGGCCCCCGUCAUCGUCUCCUCCUCCCAGGGUGGCAUGGACAUCGAGACCGUCGCCAAGGAGAACCCCGAGGCCAUCAUCACCACCAACAUCGACAUCAACAAGGGUGUCACCGACGAGAUCGCUCGCGACAUCGCCGUCAAGCUCGGCUUCAGCGAGCAGUGCAUCGAGGACGCCAAGGACACCAUCCAGAAGCUCUACCAGAUCUUCCUCGAGAAGGACGCCACCCAGAUUGAGAUCAACCCCCUCUCCGAGACUUCUGACCACAAGGUCCUCUGCAUGGACGCCAAGUUCGGCUUCGACGACAACGCCGACUACCGCCAGAAGGACAUCUUCGCCCUGCGCGACACCACCCAGGAGGACGCUGACGAGGUCCGCGCCGCCGAGUCCGGCCUCAACUUCAUUAAGCUCGAUGGUGACAUUGGCUGCCUCGUCAACGGUGCCGGUCUGGCCAUGGCCACCAUGGACAUCAUCAAGCUGAACAAGGGCACGCCCGCCAACUUCCUCGACGUCGGUGGCGGUGCCACCCCGGCCGCCAUCAAGGAGGCUUUCGAGCUCAUCACCAGCGACCCCAAGGUCUCGGCCAUCUUCGUCAACAUCUUCGGUGGUAUCGUCCGCUGCGACCUCAUCGCCCAGGGUCUCAUCAACACCUCUAAGGAGCUCAACCUCAAGAUCCCCAUCAUCGCCCGUCUCCAGGGUACCAACGUCGAGGCCGCUCACGAGAUCAUCAACAACUCCGGUAUGAAGAUCUUCUCCAUCGACGACCUCCAGACCGCGGCCGAGAAGGCCGUGCAACUGUCCAAGGUCGUGAAGAUGGCUCGUGAAAUUGACGUCGGCGUCGAGUUCUCCCUGGGUAUCUAAAGCUCUAGCGUUGUGUUUUAGACUGGCCUCGCCCUGUACAUUAAUUAACAAGCCCUAGGUUGAAUGAAGGAGCUAGCACUGGGAGCCUCAAAUAUCAGACUUUUGUGUUGUUCAAAUGCCAUUCCCACGUACUCCAAGCCA